AUUUCGAAUCAGCUGACUGAGCAAUGUUAAAAUGGUGACCAAAUGUGAGGUCUGCACUCUUCUAGAAAAGAAAUAUAAGUGUCCCACCUGUAAUAUACUCUAUUGCUCUGUCGCCUGCUUUAAAACUCACAUUGACAACUGUAUCCCUUCUGUCAAAUCUACUGAGGACCCCCACGUGGAAUCAUCUUCAACUUCCGGUGUACACAAGUUUCAAACAGCUGAAACUGUACCAGUAGAUCAACUUCAGCUUCUAAGGAAAAGUGAAGCUUUGAAGGAACUCCUCAGAAAUCCCCAUCUUCAGGAGUUUUUAAAAACCAUCGACUCCUCAGAGAAUCCUCCAAGAUUGAUGCGGAAGGCUAUGCAAGAGCCUCUUUUUAUUGAGUUCGUAGACGAGUGUUUGAAGGUUAUUGAACCAACAGGGAUUCAGCUUACGGACGAACAGGUGUUGGCGGCAAUACAGGAGGAUAUUGAGAACCAAGAAUAAAUAAAACAAGAAAAUGAAAUUUUGG